AUGGCCGAAGCCAAUGUGAAACCUCAAUUCGGGGCGGAAUUGAAGGAUGCGUUCAAGCCCGUGAACUCAUGGGUGUCGAACGGGAUUGCGUGGCUGGACGACAUCCAACAAUUUUACCGUGAGAGAAGCGCCAUUGAGAGGGAAUAUGCAUCCAAACUGUCGGCACUAUGUAAGAAGUAUUCAGACCGCAAAGCAAAGAAAAUCAGCAACUUGAGUGUGGGAGACACACCUACCAUGACCCCCGGGUCGCUCGAGUCGGCAUCCUUGACGACAUGGUCUACACAACUAACCGCGGUGGAGUCGCACGCGGCUGUUCGUGAUAAAUUUGGCCUAGAACUUAUUUCUCAAGUUGCCGAACCUCUUCGAGUAUUAUCUGCUCGAUACGAAGAACUGCGUAAAAGCCACGUGGAAUACCAUGCCAAACUAGAGAAGGAACGGGAAUCAUCGCUUAGCGAUCUCAAGAAAGUCAAGAGUAAAUAUGAUGGGGUGUGCCAGGAGGUGGAGAAUCGUCGCAAGAAGAGCGAGUCUUCUUUUGAUUAUCACAAGACAAAGGCACAGAGUGCUUAUCAGCAGCAGCUCUUGGAAAUGAGCAAUUCCAAAAACACAUAUAUUAUUAGCAUCCAUGUGGCAAACAAGCUGAAAAAUCAGUUCUACCACGAAUACGUGCCCGAAGUACUCGAUAGUCUUGGGGAUUUAAAUGAAACCCGUGUUGAUAAAUUAAAUUCUUUCUGGUCACUUGCAGCGCAGCUGGAGAAGAAUGCAUUGACGCAGAGUACCGAGCAUAUGACACAUCUUGCAACCGAGAUUCCACGCAACAACCCUACGUUCGAUUCGCUCAUGUUUCUUCAACACAACGCCUCUCAAUCUCAGGAGCCGCCGAAUAUAGUGUUUGAGCCAAGCCCUGUGUGGCACGAUGAUGCCGAGAUGAUAACCGACGAGAACGCAAAGGUCUUUUUGCGUAACCUGCUAACGAAAAGUAAGAGCCAGGCUAGAGAGCUCAAAUCAGAAGUGGAUAAGCAAAAAAAAGAAGUUGAAAACGCCAGACGCAUUCGAGAAAACGUCAAGCAAGGAAAGGAUAAGCGUGACGAAGUUGAACUUGUUAAAGCGAUCUUCAACUUGCAGGAAAGGCUCCACGAGACUGAGCGCAGAAGACUGACUGCAGAGGUCGAGACUCUAACCAUUCUAGCCGUUGUUGGUGAUCUGUCGUUGGGAGCCCGAAAUCACAACUUUCGGUCUCAAACAUUCAAAAUUCCAACCAACUGUGAUCUUUGUGGCGAGAGGAUAUGGGGGUUGUCAGCAAAGGGAUUUGAUUGUGUUGAUUGCGGAUAUACAUGCCACAGCAAAUGUCAGAUGAAGGUUCCAGCAGAGUGUCCAGGCGAGCAGACAAAGGAGGAUAAGAAAAAACUGAAAGCGGAACGUCAAGAACAGGCACAAGCUGCGCCAUCUAUUCCAGAGCCCUCUCCAUCCAACGGAGCACCAGCAGAUAUGCCGGCCUUGAGCCGCAGAGACACUAUGAACUCAUUAAGUUCAGGCUACGCACAUAGUGUUCAUCGAUCUGUCUCUGGCUCGAUUGCGUCUUCUAAACCCUCAGGCGAAGACCCCGCUGAACCUAGCAUCUCUGCCCCUAAACCGUCCACAUCGACAACCACAAAACGCCAUAGGGUCCUCGCUCCACCCCCUUCGCAAUACGUCAGUGGGCCUCCGCCAGCUGUUGGGUUAACACCCAAGACCAGCGAGCCAAAGGGCAAGAUGCUCUAUCCGUAUCAAGCUAGCGGCGAUGGCGAAGUAACGGUUAAUGAAGGACAGGAUAUUACCGUUUUAGAACCAGAUGGUCCUCAUGAAGGACUUGUGCCGGCUGCAUAUGCGGAGAUUACACCCACGCCAUCUCCAGUAAUAGACGAGCGACCUGCAUCAACCUAUUCUAACUCAUCAACAUCCCUGGCAGGUAGUACUGCCGCGAAGAAAGUCGGACCGGCAGUUGCACCACGACGUGGGGCGAAAAAGUUGAAAUACGUUGAGGCAAUGUAUGAUUAUGAAGCACGCUCAGACGCUGAAUGGACCAUGGCUGAGGGCGAUCGCUUUGUCUUGGUCAGCAAGGAUAGUGGAGAUGGCUGGGCAGAAGUCGAGAAAGGGGGCCAGGUGAAGAGUGUUCCAGCGAACUACAUACAAGAGGUUUGA